AUGGGCAAAGAGGGUGCGUUCAAAAUGUUCCUGCACAUAUUAAAUGGCGUAAUAACGGUCUUCAGUUUGGCUUUAGUGGCUGCAUCUAUCUGGUUCUACUGCGAAGUCGCCGACUUCACGACUCUGCGUAACAGCAACCAUUAUUUGUUGGAUUACAAAUUGUAUUGGCCCCAAACAGUGCCGUGGCUGUUCUUAAUCGUCAGUGUUAUAGUUCUGUGCGCGACCGCAUGCGGUUUCUCCGGCACCAGGAAAGGUAGCCGUAGUCUUUUGAUAGUGUAUAUAACGUGCCUAUCCAUUGUUGUGGUGUUACUCAUUACUGCCGCUGUUAUAUCGCUGGUGUUCGCCGACAACAAAUCCACCGAUGACUUCGUCAAGGACACUGUCUGGGACGUUUACUUCCAAUCGAAGACUGACAACGACGUGGCGACGGCUUUCGGCAAUAUAGAAAGGAAGCUCCACUGCUGCGGUGCAGACAGUCCGAGGGAUUACAAGAACUGGAAGGCGGAGUUCCCUGAGUCGUGCUGCGAUGUCUACUACCACGGCUUCCUGGACCCUUACACUAUUGAGUGCGAGUUCACGAACAAGCUGGCGAACGAGAGAUACGGGUGUUCGACGGUGGCAGCCCAGUACGCGAGGAUCGCCAUCAAGGUUAUGUCGGCCGCGGCCAUUCUUAUCGCUAUUAUUAGCAUGCUAGCUAUUGCUGUAGCUGUCGCGUUGUCGAAGGCUUUGACGAAACAACCCAAAGAGAUGUCCGUGCAAUACGAGUCGGAGAGCAAGAGGGUCUUAUUGUAG